AUGUCUUCAGCAUCCUCCUUCGCCGCGCUCAAAGCACAGAGGGAUGCACGCCGCAAUCCUUUCGGUGCUCCUACUGCUUCUCAGCCGGGUAACGCCGGCGCGAGUCAGGCUCAGGACGCCCCCAUGGCUUUUGACAUGAGUCCGCCAGCCCCACCUUCCGCAGCACACUCGCAAUCGCCGUCGCAACCCAGCGCUGUCCCCAUCGCUGCCGGUCGAGCGACCCAAGCUGUACCAAUAGCCGGCGGAUCGCGUUCACACCUCGGCGAACAAGAGGGCAUGCACCAGCAAGCAUCUCGGCCUUCGCAGCAGCAGCAGCCGCACAGAGCCAGACUCGAACCAGGCGCUGCCGGUAGCCGUGUGAGGCUGCCUGACAUCCAAGACCUCGAGCUGCGCUUCGAUGCCUACUCGAGCGAACGUGCACUCUUCUACGCCCCUCUCCCAAAGAAUGGUCCUAGACCUGCCGACUUUUCCACUUCCAGCUCCUCGUCUGCCUUUUCGCCGCCCAACCCAUCCCGGUCUCUGUCAGGAUCGAUGUCGUACUCCUACUCGCAGCUUUUGUCCAGCUCGUACUCAGCGCCGGGAGGAUGGGCAGCGGCCGGCAUCUCGAGCUGUCGACCUGGCGAUGUCCUCCUUCGAGUUCGCCCGGAGGUCGCGGUGCUCUCGACUGCCUUGCUGGAACAGCGAUGUUCCGCAUGCUAUUCGCCUCCCAUGGCCGACUCCAAGCUUCAACGCUGCUCGGCUUGCAAGGUCAUUCGCUACUGCUCCAAUGCCUGCCAAAGGAAGGACUGGCCCGCGCACCGUGACGAGUGCAAGGCGCUCAAGGCAAUGCAUCAGCUUCAUACCUACCGAUCCGCCCUGCGUCAGCAACAGCAAUUGGAUCAGCGCCUCGCAAGCAGACAUGCACAGAACCAAGCCGCCGCCGCACCAUUUGGAGUCGGCUCUUUCCAGGACAACGACCAAGUGGUCGCCGCCGCGGCUGCAGCUGGUCAUCUUCAGGAAAGUGAUGGAGAGGAUGAAGACGCGGAAGGUGCAAAGAGUUAUACCGGAACCACCAAAGAUCGCAUCCGACUGCCCAGUUCGAUGAUGCGCGCGCUCGCUCGAUGGAUCUGGGCUCGCAGUCGCAUCGGCACCGGCGGCAAGGACAAGGCUCGGGGCGAUGGCGGCGACUUGCUCGAGCUGUGCUCCCACCGCGAAAGGUUUGCACCUGAACAGCUGCAGCAGCAGGCACAGCUUGCCAUUCACCUUGCGCAGUACCUCACCGCCGCGGCUCGUGCAGCAGCGCUUUUUGCGCCAGUCUCGAGAGGCGAGGCCAACCUGGACGAAAUGAUGCAGCCCGAGACGACCUUUUCGCAAGGCGACGCACUGCGAGCACUAGGCAUCGACUCGGCGACCGAGCUGCUCGACCUCGUCUGCCAAUUCUCGUGCAACUCGUUCACGCUCACCGACAGCGAUCUCAACUCAAUGGGAGUGUGUAUGCAUCCGAGCAUGGCCAUGAUCAAUCACGCAUGCACACCCAACUCAGCCGUGGUGUUUCCCUUCGGCGGAGCUGCCAAAGGAGGGCAGCAAAAGUGGAACGACGGCGAAGACAGGAUCAUGCAGCUUGUUGCUCUGCGCGCCAUUGAGCCAGGAGAGGAGCUGCUCAUCUCGUACGUCGACGUUGCCGACACGUACGCGGACCGACGCAAGUACCUACAGAAGCGCUACUGCUUCGACUGCCGAUGCGAGCUGUGCCGCCAGAGCCACGCCAAAUCGUCGUCUGCCAACUCGCAACCAUUUGCGUCGCCAAUGUCGGCAUCGUCCUCGUCCCAGCAUGGUUUUGGUGCGCGGCCGCCGUCGUCCAACAGCUGGAUUGACCCACGACGCGCGGUGUGGUGCCCGCAGCGGUGCGGAGGCUGGAUCGAUGGGUCCUCGCUCGAGGCGCAGGCCAACGCUGCCGCUGGUGUUGCCAAGUGCAACAAGUGCCAUGCGGCGUCCAACGUGACAGCCUCGGGCAUUGCAGAGGACACGCAACAUGCCAAGGAUGUUCUUCAUCAAGCCUCGCAAUGGCUGGACCGAGGACAGGCUGAAGCGGCGUGGAACCGAUGCGCCUCGGUGUUGCCGCAGCUCGUCGAACGAUACCCGCCUUCGUGGCAACCGCUCUUCCAGCUGCUGAGAUUGGCCACGACAUGUUUGAUCGAGGCAGGCUCGUCGCUGUUGGCGCAGCUGCCAGACGCUUCGAAUACCCAGGCAGCGGUGUACUGCUUUGACGAAGCGGUGCGGAUGCAGAUGCUGGUGGUCGCGGGCACACAAGCGUCCAACACGCCCGUCUAUGCCAAGGGUCAUCCGGCCAGAGCCAUCGCCAUCGCUACGCUUGCCAAGCUGGUGCUUGCCCAGUUCGACAAUGCGCAGCGCAUGGCAUCGCACGGGUUCAACGGAGCCGCGAUGCAGAACAGCGCCGCGCCUACCGCUGCGGUAUGCCGAGCGGCCAUGGAGCAGACUUCCGCACAGGACGGCCAGACGCUCUCGAUCCUCAGAGACCCACCGAGCGUGCCGGACGAGAUGCGCAUCGAUCUGGCAAAGCAGUUGCUCACACAGGCCAUCGAGGAGCUCGACAUUGGAUUUGGAAGGUCGAACCAGGGUGGGCGCUCGGGCCGUGAAAUGCGGACAGCGCUCACCGAGAUGGAAGAGGAGAUGGCCUUGCUUGCCAGGACCAACUCGCUGUCAGUGUCGUAG